UCCGAAUUUAUUAUUAUGGACCGAAACCACCUAAAUUCCAUGUAUAACGGGGGACGCCGUUCGUGGCACCGACCCGUCCUCGUUCGCGUUUUCGUUUCGUUCCUUAUCUUUCUUCUCCCCUCGAUACGGGUUAAGUUCAGAGGCAUCUUCGGAACUGAAGAGAACUAGUGUUCUUUAGAAGGAGACUUUCUCAGGCUCAACAGUAAAUCAUGCUAAGCAGAAUAUUUGCUGAAUCGGAUCAACAACUUAAUAUUAAUUUUGGUUAUCAAUGCUCUGUUAAACAAGAAUGUUCAAGCAAAGAGUUUCCUGCAAGCAGAAGUUCAUUUGCUUUCUUAUCAGGGGCUGCUAUAAGUGCAAAUGCAACUUUAGCUAACACCAAUAUUGGCAAUGGUUUACUUGGGAUGGGAAUUUUGCCUAAUUUGGAUUCUCCAAAAACAUUUCAUAAGGUUGCUUCUUUGACAUCAUUAUCGAGUUUGGAUGUUUUAUCAUCUUCUUCAAAGACCAACAUAACAAGUUCAAUUGGAAGCAUGUCUUCACAUGGUGAUUUCUUAGAUUCAGAUGUGGGUAUGUUCAAAUCGAUGAGUGCUCCCAUAAGUGGAGGCUUCCUGAAUGUCAUGGAAGUGCAAAUGGCAGGUGGAGCUGCUGGUGAAGACAGAGUACAAGCUGUAUGUUCGGAGGAAAAUGGAUGGCUAUUUUGUGCAAUUUUUGAUGGCUUCAAUGGGCGCGAUGCAGCUGACUUUCUAGCUGGAACUUUAUAUGAGAAUAUUGUGUUAUAUCUAAAUCUAUCGGACUCAAGAAUAAAGGAUAAUGAUGUUAAGAAUUUAGGUAGUGUUUAUGCAAAUGAUUUCAUCCAGCACUUUAUAGAGGAUGAUAAUUUCCAUAAACAAACACAUCUGUUGGCUAAUGGUUUCAAUGAUCUAGGAGUUGUUCAUGACCAAGAGGAUGAAUCCUUGUCUGAUUCGUUUAGAUGUGGCAUAGUUAAUUGCCUUCAACUAGCUCUUGCACAAGCUGAAAGUGAUUUCCUGCAUAUGGUUGAACGAGAAAUGGAUGACCGACCGGAUUUAGUGUCCAUUGGAUCUUGUGUUCUGGUUGUGUUUCUUCAUGGAUCAGAUUUAUAUACACUCAGCCUAGGUGAUAGUCGAGCUAUACUGGCAACAUCUGAACAAAAGAACAUUGAUACCAAGGAUUUGGAAGCAAUUCAGCUUAUGGAAUGUCACUCAGUUGAUAACGAGAUGGAACGUAUGCGACUUCUGUCUGAGCACCCUGAUGACCCUAAGACGAUUGUACAUGGCAAGGUGAAGGGAAAACUGAGACUAACUCGUGCAUUUGGAGUAGGAUAUCUAAAAGAGAGAAAGAUGAAUGAUGCUUUGAUGGGUAUACUUCAAGUUCCAAAUCUGUGCAGCCCACCGUAUAUCUCCACAGAACCAUCUGUUAGUGUCCACAGACUGUCAGAAGGUGAUCGUUUUGUGAUAUUAGCUAGUGAUGGUCUGUUUGACUUCUUGAGCAACGACGAAGUUGUGAAGCUAGUAUCUUCUUACAUUUUAAGCUCCCCAGCUGGUGACCCAGCCAAGUUCCUAGUGGAGCAGCUUCUCUCAAAAGCCGCCAAAAUGGCAGUACUAAAUGAAUAUACAGAUCAGCCAUUCUUGGUCAGGGAGAAGUGACGAAGAGAGUUCCUGGUCAUAAUUCACUGCAUAGGUUGAAGCAAUUUAACUUCCAUGUGCUAGAACUGAUUUGCAACUACUGUUAAUGCAUGACUUCGUUUGAACUGCCUCGAUGAUCUUUGCAGUUACUUGAAUCAUUGCGUCUGGAACUUCAGUUGUUUCCUGUAUAGUUCAUGUAACACAUCACAUUUUCGGGGUCGCAGGGUUGAGUCUAGAUGACUUGCUGAGCAUCCCUGCUGGCAUGAGAAGAAAGUACCAUGACGACGUCACAGUAAUGGUAAUUCUUCUUGGGACUGACAGUCGAACAUCAACUGCCUCUACAUAUUUAUGAAUGUCAAAAGGUUCAUGUUGCCAGAAUUAUGGAUAAGUACUCAUCUUGUUAAAUGUGGUUAAUAUUUAUUACCUUUCUUCACUUUGUAUGUAUAUCCUAUUUGUACAAAGUAAAGUUUUGCCAACUUCAAAAUGAAAUUUUGGUGGCACAGUUUUCUUUAA